GGUCUCGGCGCAGCCGCAGUGCGACCCGGCCGCGGAGUCGAGGGGACGCGGCGGAUGGUUGCGGGAGCUGAGGCGGGGAGCCCGGGUUUCUUUGCGGGAGGCUUCGGGCUGGACCGCCAUGUGGCCGUGGUGACCGAGCGGCAGGAGCGGCGAGGCCGGGCGGAGCGCCAUGAACCUGAGGGGCCUGUUUCAAGAUUUCAAUCCGAGCAAAUUUCUUAUUUAUGCCUGCCUGCUGCUCUUCUCAAUUUUGCUGUCUCUCCGGCUGGAUAACAAGAUCGAGUGGAGCUACUGGGCAGUCUUUGCUCCGAUAUGGCUGUGGAAAUUAAUGGUUAUUGUGGGGGCCUCCGUGGGGACUGGAGUAUGGGCCCGCAACCCACAAUAUCGAGCAGAAGGGGAAACGUGUGUGGAGUUCAAAGCCAUGCUAAUUGCCGUCGGCAUCCACCUCCUCCUGCUGAUGUUUGAAGUUCUGGUCUGUGAUGGAAUCGAGCGAGGGACCCGUUUCUGGCUGCUGGUCUUCAUGCCCCUCUUCUUCGUGUCUCCGGUCUCCGUGGCUGCUUGUGUGUGGGGCUUCCGGCAUGACAGAUCUCUGGAGCUGGAAAUCCUGUGUUCUGUCAAUAUACUCCAGUUCAUAUUUAUUGCCCUCCGAUUGGACGAAAUCAUCAAGUGGCCGUGGCUUGUUGUUUGUGUCCCUCUGUGGAUCCUGAUGUCCUUUCUCUGUUUGGUCGUGCUGUAUUAUAUUGUCUGGUCAGUCUUGUUCUUACGCUCGAUGGACGUGAUUGCCGAACAAAGAAGAACACACAUUACUAUGGCAAUCAGCUGGAUGACAAUCGUGGUUCCGUUGCUCACCUUUGAAAUCCUGCUGGUUCACAGACUGGAUGGGCAUAACUCCUUCUCCUACAUACCCGUCUUUGUUCCACUGUGGCUUUCGCUGAUAACCUUGAUGGCCACAACGUUUGGCCAGAAAGGGGGCAAUCACUGGUGGUUCGGCGUUCGCAAAGACUUCUGCCAGUUCCUCCUCGAGAUCUUCCCGUUCCUGAGAGAGUACGGCAACAUUUCGUACGAUUUGCAUUACGAAGAUAACGAGGAAACGGAAGAAACUCCAGUUCCGGAAGCUCCCAAAAUUGCUCCGAUGUUUCGCAAAAAAGCCGGAGUGGUCAUUACGCAGAGUCCCGGGAAGUACGUCAUACCGCCACCCAAACUAAAUAUCGACAUGCCGGAUUAAAAACGAACUCUGAAAGGACAGAUGUCUCCAUGUGAUAAUCACCACUGGGUAUCCGUGGCCAAUCCUUAUUCUUAUUCUUAUAUUUUUUUUUUAAUUCAUGCCUUUCUCUUACUUUGUUGAUAACUAAGGAUUGGGGCCUCGGCAGCUGGCACUGUGAAUUUGCAUUCGUGUCAUUUCCUUGAGAAGUGUCCGUCUUGGGUGCAAAAUAUCGGCCCAGGAAAAGCAGGAAGAAACCAGUAACUCUGGCAGCAUUCAGCGAUGGAAACGGUCGAAUCUGCCUUCACAGAACGACAGACUUAGAUUUGAGCUCUGUUCUCAGCAUCAAAGUCAUAGUUUGCCACUGGUCAUCCAGUUUCACAGUCCCCCACCCCACCCUGAGUUUUCCUGUCCACAGUUCCCCCUGGACAAAGGCCCACGAAGGGCUUUGCGCUCACACCAUCCUGCAGUGGAUGGGUGUGUAUUUUGGAGAAACCAAAAAGGAAGUUUCUGAUGUAUGAACCUUCCUCAUUGGUGGAAGUCAUGUUCCCCUGUACAUAGUAUUUAUAUGAACUUUUGGAAGUGUAAUAUAUUGGGGGGGAAGGGGGGAAACACGAGUCUGUACAUUAUAAAUAUGUAAAAGUAUUUUUUAAAAGGCUGUACGAAAUGUGUCAUCACUGGUGCGUGGCUGUUGCGUGUUCCUCUCAGCUUCUCUUUCGGUUGAAAUACCUUAGACCGAGCUGUUCACACAUUUCGAUUUUUCCCCUUGAACCAUGAAUCUUACCACUAUUCGGACGCGGGUCUUCGGUAGGACUGUUGACACUUUCCAUGCUGGAUUAAAUUGCCUUGGAAGAGGUAUGUAAAUUUCCCUGUAAAUAGCCCCAGUCUUUGUACCAUUUGCGGUGGGGCGGGGUGGGGAGAAAGACUGCUAGAUCUUCAGAAAAAUGUCCACUUUUGUUAAUAUUACAUUUGGGCAAAUCCUGAUUUCUCACAUCCUCACUGUUCAAUAAAGCAUCCCCAAGUUU